AGGUGCAUGAUCAGCGUACGUAAGAAGAACCACGUCGUAUGUAUGUUGUUAUUGUGGUGUGACGUGUGAUCAACGAUCGGAUUGUCAAGAGUGAUUUCUCCACCAGCGAUUUCUGUUUCACGAGGCUCGUCCCCAAGCGAUGCUUUGAUCUUGCUAUCCAUUUAUCGAGGACACCGAUGGUUGAAAUGGCUUGCAAACUGAGCGAGCAAGAUCGCACUGAGCUCGAGAAAUACAUCAAGUUUCUGGCAAUUAAGGCGAUGCAAUUGAUCGUGCAGGGCAGGUUAGGCACGCGCAUGGCGACCAAGUGCAAGCCGCAGUCAUCAGGCACCGACUGGUUCAAUUUGGACAUCGAAGACGUGCCUGAGGUGACAGCGAUGACCAAAGGCGCCUUGGCCGGCAACAACCACAAGCUGCCCAUCUGCGCCGAGAUCAGCCUCAAGACGACCGAGGGAGACCACAUGGUCCUCGAGACGUGGAUGCUUGGCAUCACGGAACCAACCGAAACCUUCUCAUACUCUGGAAAAUCGAAAGUCACGCACGCUAUCUACAACCGCAUGACAACGCUGCUGAAGUCUCUGCUGACUGUGUCCAGGGCGACACCGCCGUACAAGCUGUCGCGGAGACAAGGUGCAGACUCUUACCUCAUUUGCUACCGCAUCUACAGUGGAGAGCCCCAACUGCAUGUGCUAGGUGAGGGUAAAAACCAGAAGAGGCUGGGCCAGCUGUGCACACCGCUGGGCACGAUCGUGUUGUCAGUGGCGUUCAGGACAAAAAUGACCAUCUCACCGCAGCAGAGCAAGGACAUCAUGGUCAAGUCGGAUCACUUCAACCCGGAUCUAAGUCCAAAGCAUACUCGCUACCAGAAUGAGCAGAACGGGGAUAACUCUUUGAGCAAGACUAUCAAGGCCGGCGCAUUCGCUGAUCCAAACACAAGGCGGCCACACUCUCGCCUCUUCACGCAGGACGACGAUGAGAUUCCCUUUGCCAAGUUGUUGGCUCCAGCCGCCAAGCCACAGACUACUGACCAGGACAACGGCUCCAGGGUGCAGCAGGACAAUGCGGAAAACAACAACACAACGUCUGCAACCAAGUCCAUCAGCAACUCGCGACGCUCCAGUUACUCGGCCAAUGAUGAUUUCAUCUUGCUUGAUUUGGUAAUUAUGAAUCCCCCGUUUGCGGAAGGAAACGUGAACGGUGAGCUGGGUGCUUUUUAUCGGCAGUGUCAGACAGCGCCGCCGCUGCAGACGUUCUCAAGUCUGCCAACGCUGGCCGAGCAGGUGUCUACGUUAUCGUCGCAGCUAGAGAUGUUCGAGGAAAGCCAAGCCGAGUUUGACGCCCUCGUCAACUCGCUUGUAUCACAGCCCUCUCUUAAAUGAAAAUUGUGGAGUAAUAUCCCUACAAGACUGAUUACGCUAAUGCUUGGUAAUAUCUUUGCCAUACUAUACAGAUAGUUGCGAUCGGUGAUAAAUUGCUUAUUUGAAUAAAAUUGUUGAAAGCGGGGGUUUCGGGAUAUCUAGUCGGUGGUCACAGGUCCCAAAAUUCCCAGAAUCGUUGAAAUCAGUACGCUAAAAGCAAUUCAUAUUUAGUACUCUCUCUCUUGAGUUUGCUGUUUUGCAAAUCAGAAGUUUUGUAAUUUGGGAAUAAAAUUAUUUGAGCGCUUCAAAACUGUGACAACACGUUUAAUAAAACGAUAAUCGGCUGCGAACGCAAUUUAAAUCGUGUAAAAUUACCUUGUUAAUAAAAUUGCCUUUCUUUAAAACAA